UCAAGUCUUUACAGAGCUAAACAUGUGUACAAGGAAAGGCUGUAGUAAAUCGAACUACUGUAAGUUAGGGUAGCAUUCGGAAGCCCACGUUGUGGUACAAUCUGAAAACAUUUGAGAGUAUGUUUCGGGACGAGUCAGUGCAAAGUAACAUAGAAGCCUGUCAUCGCGAGAUCGUUUAUUUAAACGCAAAGGAAGAAUUAUCUGAAGAUGUGACUAAUACCCUGACACUUGUAAUCGAAAAGCUUAAAUCAUGCACAAGCAACGGCGCGAAGCGGAGCAAAGAGCGCAGUCUCGAGGAGGCUUCGCAGCUGCUGAGAAGGGUCCAGGCGAAGCGGCUACGGGCGCUGGAGGUCAAAUGCAUCCUCCCUUUCGCGCGACUCCUCAUCUCUAUGCAACUGGACAUGUCGCACAUCUCCACAGCCUGCCGUAAACUGGACCAGAUGUUGCAACAGCUGUCAGAAGUUAAUCAUUCUGUCGUUCUCGAAGAGACAAAAGCAUGUGUGAUGACUCUGGUACAGAAAGAACAGAUAUUGUCUGCCAAAGAUCUCCAAACAGUAUGCAUGUUCUUGGAAGACAGCACCAUGGGGCGUGAGGUGUGCAGGCAGAUUUGCCCGUCUCUGCUUAGCAGAGUAGCUGAGGUUUUCGCCGUGACGCUGGAGCAAGAUGCGUCGAGAAACGGAGAGCGGUGUUACCUAGCGGUCAAGGUCUGUCUCCAGGUGUUCCAGCUGUUGCACAGGGAGGUGGCCCACCUGGUGUGGGAGAAGAACUCAGGUGACUCGGCUGUGCAGAGCAUUCUCAAGCACCUGAUGUCCAUCAUCCUGGGAGAGACCUCAAACCGCGACGCUCGCCUCCUUUCGGGCACGGCCGUGGCCAUGCUGAUCAACACGUCGCCGGAGGCCCGGGGGGACGGCGGCCUGGCUGCGCAGAGCCUGCUGCAGGUCACCAGCGCAGAUCCCUGGCUGUUGUGCGUGGGUGGACUCCGGGUCGAAUGCAGGCCCAGUGGGUCUGACGGUGUGGACAGGCUGGCAGUGACGCGGGGCCUGCUUACCUGCUGCCGCAAGGACGUCCUGACUGGCCCGCUGGACAACAACGGGACGUGUCUGAUCCUGGACGGGCUGUUUCCUGUGGUCUCUGCCUUGUGUGAGGAAAAGCUGGACUGCCACUACUAUGUCUUCCAAGUGUUUACCCUGUGGCUGAGGUGCCUGAAGGACUGUCUGGAGGAGGUGUGGGAGGUGCGCGGCGCCCCCUUGCUGCAGGAGGACCACGGCCUGCGGCGGCAACUCACUCGGGUCAUCUGGAACAAUGCGGAGAGCCCCCUGGAGGGCGUGUCGGAGUUUGUGUACGGUUCUUUCCGCCUGCUGCUGGAGGUCUACCAGCUGGACUGCCGGCGUUUCGGCGGCGCGGAGAGGCCCCUCUACCUCGCCUUACUGCGGCGCAUCUCCUCCCUGCCCUGGCAAGCUAAAGCCAAGUACCCCCCCCUCUCCGCGCUGCUCCCCUACGUGGGCACCAGCACGGUAUUGGAACACUUUCCAGAGCUUCCCCGUCAUCUCCUGAAGUGCUUUUCCACCAAUCACCUGUCCCCGUGCGCCUCGGACGUCUACAAGUCUGUCAUCCACCAGCAGAGGCGGGAGUUGUGCGGGGGCGUCGGCCAGGACGCCGCCCCGCCCUCGGAGGCGGAGCUUGCGGAGGAGUGGGCGCGGCGGUGGCGCCCCACGCUUCUGGAGGCCCUGACCUCGGACGUGACCCUCCUGCAGGGCGGCGCCACCGGCUGCCUCCUGCCCUGCACCCUGCGCACGUUCCCGGGGGCCUUCGGGGCCCUGCUGGCCCCCCUGGAGCCGGGGCGCCCGGGGCACCUCCGCGCCUGGACCAGCGUCAUGAGCGCCCGGCGGGCCGCCAGCGCCGCCCCGCCCCCGGACGACGCCCGCACCGCGGAGACCCUGCGCCUGGCGCUGGGCUCCCUGGACGACGGCGUGCGAUUGGCCGCCCUCAACCUCCUCUGCUGCAGCCCCAAAACCAGCCAGCCGCCGACGGGGGCGGAGCUCUCCGCCGUCCGGGGCUUCCUCCCCCUCAACCUGAACUGCGAGUCCGCCCCCUUCCGCCAGCACCUCCAGGUGGCGCUGAGGAAGCUCCUGGUACGCCUCCGCGACAGCUGCCUGGCACGCCUCAAGGCCAGGAGGGGGCGGGGCAGGGGCGGAGCCCGCCAGGGCACGGAGGAGGAGGAGGACGAUACGGAGCUGGAACAAGGAGUCGACUUUGUGGACUGGCUGGCCCAGCUGCCCUUCGCCUACCUGGCUCCAGGCCACAGUUACCAGAGGAAGAGGACGGUGCUCCUCCUCCUGUCCGCCGUUCUGGAGACCUGCACUGACACCUGGAGGCCCGACAAGAAGAAGGGCCAGCCGCCAGCGAACGUGUCCGAUUUGAUUGGCUUCGCGAGGCGGGGGGGGCGGUGGGACUUCUUCGCCCGGCAGAAGCUCCUGGUCCUUAUCGGCUGUCUGGAGGACUCCACCAACGAGGUUCGAGAGCUGGCCGCCGGGCUCCUCCUCCGCUUCUUUCCCCGGCCCCUCCCCCCAGACCUCGGCCCCGCCCUGCUGGAAAGGGCGGGGCAGCUCCUGCGCAGCCCGCGCGUCCAGGACGGGCAGACGGGGGCGCUGUUCUUCCGCGUCCUGCUCGAGAUGUGUGGGGACGCCGCUGUCUUCCCGGAGCGGGAUGGAGCUGCGCUCAGCGCGGAUACGCGUGGCGGGAUGGCGGACGCCGUGCUCCGGGUUCUCCUGCGGGAGUUAGAAGAGCACUAUCUGACCGCCAAGAGCGACCUGCUCCUGGCCGCCAAGACCAGGCCCAUACACGGGGUUCUGGCUGCCCUGCAGAAGUGUCUGCUGGACGGUUCUGACACCCUGGGCCCGGUGCAGAAGGCAGUGCUGCCCCUGUCUGUGGCGGACGCCAUUUUGGAUCUGCUGGAGCGGGUCAGUCGCCUCCUGCUGGGGGUGCUGUAUGGAGACCAGGCUGCGUGUGCCGAAGAGACGGAGGCCCCCCCGUCUUUCUGUGACAUGGGGAACGCCAUUCGCUCCGUGAUCGCCCAGGGUGGGGGCCAGGGCGUGGGGGAGGGGGAGGACGAGGACUGCGUGCUGCUGUCGGAGGAGCACAGCCUGGUCCUCACCUGCUGUUGGGUCUCCCUCAAGGAAAUAGGGAUUUUUUUAGGCAGUUUUGUGGACAACGCCAUGGCAACGCCUUGCUCCAUAGAGGCUCCCCUGACCGCAGAGUACCUGAAGAGGGCCUCGGCGGUGUUCAAGGACAUCCUCCUGAAGUGCCGUCACUGGGGAGCGGUGGAGGGAUGCUGUGUCGGCUUCACCAAGUUCUGCGCCGCGCUUCUGAGCAACGGGGAUCCUGAGCUGCAGGAGGUUCCUGCUCGCAUGCUGAAGCAGGGCCUGUCGGUGCUCCAGGCGCCACGCGGAACCUCCAUCACGCGGCGGGCGGCCGGGCUGCCCAUGCUCAUCCUCUGCGUGGCGGCGGCGGAGGACGCCAGCAAGUCCCGCCCCCUCCUGGCGCUCAGCGUGGCGACGCUGCUGGAGACCGCCGGCGCCCCCGUGCCGCAGAGCUGGGACCAGACCGUGGACCUGCCGCAGGUGUGUGCGGUCCACACGCUGCAGGCCCUGGUGCGCGGCUCUGGGCUGGGCGUGGCCGUGCUCCAGUACGCCUCCUCCAUGACCAUCCUCUCCCUCCAGCUCCUCAGCUCCCCCUGCUGGGCCAUGAGGAACGCGGCACUCCAGCUCUACAGCACCCUGUGCUCCCGAAUGUUGGGACAGCGACCGGGGGGGGACGAGGGUUCCUCUCAGCACGGGAUGUCCCCCCAGGCCUUCUUCGUGCACUACCCCGCCCUGCAGCCCUUCCUGCUGGGGGAGCUGAGGCAGGCGGCCGGCGACUCGGGGGCGCCCCCUGGUGGGGCGCGACUGCACCUGCACCCCUCCCUGUUCCCCGUCCUCACCCUCCUGGGCAAGCUUCAGCCGGGUGUCCACGACGAGGCCCGGUGUUUGUCGGCGUUCUUACCGCCUCUGCUGCGGCUGGCCGCCAGCUCGAUCCACAACGUGAGGACGAUGGCCGCCCGGGCGCUGGUCGUCAUGACGCCCCCCGCCGAGUACGCCGGCACGCUGCUGCGGCUGGCGAGGGGUCUGCCGGCCCCCCCGGACCCCCGCUGCCACAACCGCCUGCACGGGCAGCUGCUGCAGAUUCGAGCCGUGCUGGCACGGGCGCUGGACCCGGACAGCACACACCUGGACUCUGAACUUUCUGAAGUGGUGGAGUGCUUUGAGUCCAAGCUGUGGCUUGUGACAUCAUCUCAGCGGUGCCCCCUGAUUCGCUCGUCCUACCUGAGUGGGUGCGCCCUAUUGGCCAGGUUCUUUUCGGCCAGCUUCCUGGACCAACUGCAAGCCGUGCUUCUGUCAGAACUACAAAACCCAUCAUCCCUCAAGCUCCAGAUAGGCUCCGCCUCCUUCCUCCAGAACGCCGUUCACUUCCUGUGCGAGGAGGCGGCGAGGACGGGGGACUCGCGGUGGGCGGGCCAGGCGUGGCGGAACCUUCCGGCGCUGAGCGCCGACGCGCGGCUGUCGUUGGUCGGCUGGGCCGCGGAUGGGCGGAGUCUCGGAGACGGCGGUCUGCAGCGGGUGGUGGAGGAAGCGCUGCGGGAGAACCUGAAGGUGGCGCUGCAGGACAGCAGUGUUGAGUACAGGCGGCUCUACUUGGCGGCGUUGGUGGCGGUACUGUCGCCGAGCGACCCCGGCCUGCCCCGGGCGACCCCCCCGCCCUCGCCCCCGCAGGGGGACCUGGAGGAGUGCGCAGAGCUGCUGCUGGGGGCCCUGGAGGCAGAGGGGGGGGGCCCCGAACUCCUGUCCCAGUCUCUGCGCGCAGUCAGCCUGCUGCUGGCCCACUGCUCCUCGCCCGUAGAGCUGACUCAGCGCUGGUGUGGCCUGCUGGAGGUCUACCGGGCCCCAGAGGCCCCCGAGGUCCUGAGGCUGGCCUGCGCUCAGGCCCUGCGGCUGGCCGGGGCCCCCGUGGUCAGCGGGGCCCUGGGGGGCCACUCUCCACACGCAGCGUUGGCCCCCAGGUUGCUAGGCACCGCGCUGCACCUGCUGCAGGACGAGGACGCGCGGGUGAGGGCCGAGGCCGCCCGCUUCGCCUCCGCGGUCGGCCACGCCCGCCGCGCCCGCCCGGGGGGGGGGGAGCCCUGCUUCCAGAUGCAGGCGAACCUGGCCCUGCGGCGCGUCCUGGACCUGCUGCUGGAGGAGUUCUGGGAUAGCUGCCACACCCUGGAGGCCCUGCUGGGCCAGCUGCCACAGUGCGGCCUGAGUGCUCUGCUGGGGGACGUCCAGCUCACUGCGUGCGCCAGCCUGUACGAGCAGGACGAGCCCAACGUGUUCGCCGAGCCGGCCGUCAUGUCCGAGCGCCUGCUCCCCUACCUGCUGCGGCUGGCCGCGAAAGUCCCAGAAUCCCCCUGUCUCGCCGACCGCCUGCUGCGCUGGGCCCGGGAGAACGUGGCCGACGUGCAGGAGAACGUCGGCCUGUGCAAGCAGCUCUACCAAGGGGAGACCGCGGCCCCAGCCUGGCUGCCCCUGGCGGUGGAGCCGCGAUUCCACCGAGGGCUCUGCGGACUGUUCGCCCGGGCGGGCCUCCUGCUCGAACUGCUGGACGCCUGGGAGGAGCUGCGGUCUCUCUGCUGCCCCCUCUGGCUGCGAGCGGAACUGCAGCAGGCGUACCAGCUCCUCUACCUCAACGGCGUCCUGCUGCCGGAGUCCAUUCCCGCCAACAUCGGACUGCGGCGGCCCGUAUGAAAGCUGCUCAUCUGACGCCUCAGCUGCCAAACUUUAUAAAUAUGGUCUUCAUUGAAAUUAUGAAUUUUUAUGUAGAUAUAAAAUUUAUUGUUAAGAUAGUAUUCACAAUAUAUGGGCACGUGUAGUUGUUUAAGUCGCUCUGGAUAAGAGCGUUUGCUAAAUGCCAAAAAAUGUACUGUAAAUAUUGCCACUUUCAGUUACUGCACUAUAUUGCACUGCUGUAUAAAAAAAAUAUAGCACUAUAUAUUUUCAAAAAAGGCCACAUAUUUCAGUAUAUUGCAGUUUAUUGCAUUUUCAUAAGGGAAAAAUGAUCAGGGUGUGUCCAGAUCACCCAGGGAAACUUCCAGCCUUCUCUUCAUGUACUGUUUAUUCCAAGAAGGAUGAAUUAUACAAGUAUCUCUCAUAAUGAGCUGGGCAUGGUGAUUCUUUUCAGUGUUUAUCCUAAUGUAUUUUCACCAGGGUUGAUGUACAGGAAAUAAAAUCACUAUAAUUUUUGUGUCACGGCAAAUAAUGACAAAUAAUAUCAGUCGUUAUGCAACAGCAGUUCUGUGGCAACAAGAAUUUGCUCUGGGUUGUCACGAACGAUCGAUGUGUGUAACUGGCACCAAAAAACCAUGUAAUUGAUACUGCUCGUACAGAAUCGUUUUCUGAAACCGUAAAUGCAUCCAGUGAUGAGUGUGAAGCUCAAUGCAUCUUUGACUUUUUAAAAAGGCUAAAAGGGUGCUACGUUUUAAACACCGCAAUUAUCUCACGCCCCCCGAACAUUUGAAGGGUUUGAAUGGGCCUCUGACACAGUAUCCGCUAAGUGCUUUGUGAGCAGAGAGUUAUGUAACGUAUGUUUUAUUUCGGUGCAGCGGAUGCAAACGUAUUAGCAUCGUCGCCGACAGCUAGCGAGGCGCAGAAUUUUGAUUGGCCCGGCCGGAGCGAGAUUUCGGUUUAACUGUCGAACGUUCUCUUUUCCGAGGACACCAUGAGGAAAGACUGUUGUGAAAGAUUUGCACUGUCACUUGGUUGAGUAUUCAGUGUGAAGGUAUUAUGAAAUGUUUGAUAUUUGUUUGUCAAGGAAAAAUGAGAAAAGUAGGAUUAGUAGUAGUAGUAGGUUAGUCCCUGUCUGUUUUGUCAAACCAUAAAGCAACCUCUUCAUCUGCAUUUUUGCACACAUGUACCUGUUUUUAUAUGAAUGAGCAUCCAGUCAAUAAAAUAAGCAACUUUUGUAAAAAAAAAAAAAAAAAUGUUGUCCUAUUCAUGUAAGUACUGAACUUAGUUGUCUGCCUUAAUCUUGAUAAUAAGGAUAAGCAGUAUGUUUAUACGUUUAUUAAUUCACAAGUUAAUUAAAAUUUGCCUCCCUGGCUGACUCUCUGGCACAUACUGUAUGCAGAAAUAUUAUUAAUGUGAAUUAUCCCUGUCAAAUAAACUAAUAAACUGCAAUUUAAUU